AUGGGCAGGAAGAAGCUUCCGAUGAGGCGGAUUGAGAACCCUACCUCCCGUCAAGCAACAUAUGCUAAGCGCAAAGAUGGUAUCUUCAAAAAGGCCAACGAGCUCUCCAUUUUGUGUGAUACCGAUGUUGCCCUCAUCAUGUUUUCGCCCACCGGCCGCCUCACCAGCUUCUCUAGUACCGGAAGGCCGAUUAAUAAUGAAGAGGAUCUUGAAGACAAGUUGGAUAAACUCAAUAGAAAACAACGCGAGUCGCAGGAUAAAUUGAGGUAUUAUGAACCUAAUGCAGACAAAAUCACUUCAGUUCUUGAAUCUGGAGUCUACCAGCAUUUCCUUACUAGCGCAAUUCAGCGCAUACAAUUGUCGAAGGCCAAACUGCUAGGAAACCAACUUGUUCCCGAAACCACCGAAAAUGUUGAGGGAAACACAACAGUCCAGAUGGAGGAUACAACUUCCGUAACCGACCAGUCCAUUGAUCGGAACAAAAACGGGAUGGAUGAAGAUGAAAGUGGGAAAAGCUUAUCAAUGGGACCUCAUCUAAGCCUUAGCUUCAUUGAAGCACAAAGGAAAUUGAAUAAUCAGUUGGCCGCCAGCAGCGACCAUAGUACUUCAAGUUUCAAUAACUAUUAA